UGACUCCCGACCCUUAUAUCAUGUGACUCAUUCGUGAAACUAUGGCUUGCCGCUCGGUCGAGAUGUCUUUAUUGUGCAGGUUUACCCUCGUUUUGACUGUUAGUUGCGUUUUACCUGUAUUCAAUAACUUGGCCGGAGCUGAAGUACAAACGGCAGUGAUUGACAAAAUCACGGGGCAACUCUCUCUCCUGGAGGGUUACAGAGAAGAUUUUGUGGCGUGGGCUAACUUCACCGACGACAUUCAAACGUCAGGCUGGGGUUUCUUGGAGGUGACUACCAACAGUCAAUACAAUGACAGUUUCCAGGCGUACGCUGCCGGAGCCGUGGAGGCUGCAGUCACAUCUCAGCUGAUCUACAAACACUGGAUGAACACUCUCAUGGGUUACUGUGGACCUUUCUCGAGACAUUCUGGUUACUGUGAUCGCCUUAAGAUUUUCAUCACUAGCAACCUGCAGUGGAUUCAGGAGCAAAUUGAGAAGGAGCCAAAUUCGCCUUACUGGUACCAGGUUCGCCUGGCUCUUCUUCAGCUCAAAGGUCUGGAGGACAGUUACAAUGAAGAACUCUCAUUUCCUUCUGGCCAAAUGUCCUUUAAUCCAUUUGGUUUCAUACUCUUCCAAAUGGCCGGAGAUCUGGAAGACUUGGAAUCAGCUCUAAAUAAAUCCAGUCUGACUCGACCAGUAGGAUCUGGCUCAUGCUCUGCUCUCAUUAAGCUGCUACCAAACAAUAAGGAUCUACUGGUGUCACAUGACACAUGGGGAACCUACCAGUCAAUGUUGCGGAUCAUCAAGAAAUAUUCCUUUGCCUUCAAAGUUUCUCCAUUAGACAAUCUUAUCCUCCCUGGACAGAUCCAGGCAUUCUCCUCCUACCCUGGAUCUAUUUUUUCUGGAGAUGACUUUUAUAUCCUUAGUAGUGGCUUGGUUACCCUGGAAACUACCAUUGGAAACAGCAACCCUGCUUUGUGGAAAUUUGUUCAACCCACUGGCACCGUGAUGGAAUGGCUCAGAAAUACUGUGGCUAAUCGUCUAGCAGUCACUGCCAAAGCCUGGGCAGAGUUAUUCAGCAAGUACAACAGUGGCACGUACAACAAUCAGUGGAUGAUCGUGGACUAUAACAACUUCACUCCAGGCAUGACCAACAUCGUGGAGGACCUGUUUGUCGUGUUAGAGCAGAUUCCGGGUCAAAUUGUUUUUAUGGAUAAAACGGAAGAAUUACUUCAGAAAGGAUACUGGGCAAGUUACAACAUACCGUACUAUGAGGACAUAUUUAAUGCGAGCGGCUGCAAUGAGCUGGUGAAAAAGUUUGGAUCGUGGUUCUCCCUGGACCAGAAUCCUCGUGCUCAGAUAUUCAAGAGAGACCAAAAAGCUGUGACAGACGUUGCCUCCAUGAUGCGCCUCAUGAGAUAUAAUAACUUCAAAGAAGACCCCCUGUCACGUUGCCAAGACUGCAAUCCACCUGAGAAUGGAGAAAAUGCCAUCUCCGCUCGCUCAGACCUAAAUCCGGCAAACGGCACCUAUCCAUUUGGCGCCUUACGGCAAAGGUCCCAUGGAGGAACAGACAUGAAGAUGACCUCCUAUGGAAUGUUUCGUCGGUAUGAGAUGCUGGCCGUAAGUGGGCCAACCUGGGACCAGCUGCCCCCCUUCCAAUGGAGCAUGUCUCCAUUCAAUGACCUGCUGCACAUGGGUCAGCCUGAUAUUUGGGCGUUCAAGCCUGUAAAAGUCACCUGGACACCUUGAUUGCAAUAAUGCCUGACAUAGACAUGGUGGGCUGGAGGAGCAGCGGAGGUUUUGAGAAAGGGAAAUAAUACUAAAUGUCAAUGGGUUCUCGGAUUUAUCAGUAUGUAGAUUAAAUUCUGGAUUUUCUGCUUCUUUUGCACUAUUUCAAAAAUAAACGCACACAAGGGAGAUUUGAAUGUGAGGGAAGAUGAAUAAAUCAUUUACAGCCUGUACUAUUGUAAAAUUGAAUUGUUGCACUGAUUUAUGUUUGAAUUGUCUAUUUCUUAACACUAAAUCAACGUUUAAAUCAUUAUUAUUUGACAGAUUUUAUUUUAUAAUUGUUUUGUAAUCAUAAUAUGCUUCUUGCAUUUUUUGGAAAAAACAUACUCUAAAUAAACUCACCAUUGAGAUAUCA